AUGGGAUUAAAAAUUGAUUCACUUUUAUUUAUUCUUGGAGGUUUCGCUCGGCUUGCUGAUGUCGCAACUGAUGCUUGGUAUCCAAAAGAAUUUAAAUAUUUAUUAUUUUUAUAAAGAAAAUUCUAAAAAUUCUAAAUAACAAUAAAUGUAUGAUAAACUGUAAUAAAAUAGACCUUUUGAAUUAUAAAAUAUUAACUUAUAAACUUUAAUGGAUAAAUAAUAUAUAUUUCAACACAAAAAUACACAAGUGAAGGAUUGUAUAUUGCAUCAAUUUGCUUUGUUUGCGCUCCUACCACAUUUUUAUUACUUUUUAUUACCUUAACUAUAGGUUAUGACUAUUUUAAAGGAAGACGAGAAUAUUUAAAAGUCAGAAUCUUGCUUGGCCUUGGAAUGGCUUUUGGCGAACAAAUUGGGAUUACGCUCUUCUUUUUUGGAAUUUAUUUUUACGCUGAAAAAGCUCCUCGAGAACAAAGAGACUUAGUGGAUUUCCUAUCUAAGAUGGCUGGGCUGAUGGAAGCAUUUUUGAAAACAAUUCCUCUAGUAAUUAUUCAGGUCUAUAAUAGUGGGACCAUUGGCCGAUGGAAUUAUAUUUUAAUCGUUUCUAUUGGCUGCAGCAUUAUAGGAUUGGUUUAUACAUGCGCUAUGGUCCUGUAUAUGUACGAUAAAAUCACAGGGAAAGACAUAUACUAAUUGACCAAGAAUAGCCCACUAAGGAGCCAUUCUUGGUCUGCCAGAAAAAAUUUUGACAAAAGAUCCUAAUCUGCCAUUACCACUGAGUUUUGGUGUUUCCAAAUUUUUUGGGCAAGCCAAAUGCAAUAAAAAAAAUUGUUCUUUUGCGAUGAUGCAUUUGGCUUGUCAAAAAAAAUUUGGCAACAUCAAAACUCAGUGGUAAUGGCAGAUUAGGAUCGUUUGUCAUUACCACUGAGUUUUGGUGUUGCCAAAUUUUUUUGACAAGCCAAAUGCAUCAUCGCAAAAGAACAAUUUUUUUUAUUGCAUUUGGCUUGCCCAAAAAUUUUUGGAAACACCAAAACUCAGUGGUAAUGGCAGAUUAGGAUCUUUUUGUCAAAAUUUGUUCUGGCAGACCAAGAAUGGCUCCAUAGUGGGCUAUUCUUGGUCAAUUAGUAUACCUGAACAAGAAAUCGAAAAUAACGUAACAGUAUCUGAAAAUUCUACUUUUGACAAUAAAGUCCACCCAAAAUCAGCCUGGGUAAUUACAGAAGAAGAUUUGGUGGCCUACAAUAAUAUUUAA